AAUAAUCUGCUGGAGGAGACUCCUAAAGCACCACAAUCACUUGUGUUUGUUUUACUUUUCAUACCCCAAAAUUGCCACCUUUGGCGCUUCUUGGCUCUCCUGAAUCUUUCCCUCUCUCUCCAUAUUUUUUCCUCUCUUUCAUUUCAAUUUUCGAACUCAACCCCCCUCUACCCCUACGAUUGGGAAGUACUUUGAGAAAGACGUAGGAAAGUAAACCUGCAGCUUUUGAGGAGAGAAAAACAACUGAUUCACAGGCUAAAGGGGUUAUGGACGAAGAUAGAAUUGGGCUGGUUUUGGUCAGAGUUGCUGAACUGAGGGGUAAAAUCACUAAUUGUGUCCAUAAAGCAGCGACCAGUGGCAAGAAGGAAGAUGGAGAAAGCCUAAGUAAAGACUCUAAAGUAGGCCUUGAUGCUCAAGAACAGGAAGCAGAAGAAGAUGACGAUGAAGAAGCAGCAGAGAGUCUUCUGAAUAUUAGGGAAGCCCUUGAAUCACUUGAGGCCCAGCUUUCUUCUUUGCAGGCUUUACAACAGCAGCAAUUGUACGAGAAAGAAGCAGCCUUAGCGGAAAUUAGAUACAGUCAAAGAAAAUUGCUUGAGAAGUUGAAGGACUACAGAGGGGAAGAAUUGGAAGUCAUUCGUGAGGCAAUUGCUUUUGCUGGUGAAGCCGUGGAAGAUAACAACGACCUUCUCCUCCCACCAUAUCCAAGCCGGCCUUUGCAUUCUGCGAUGUCUGAUAAUGACUAUUUAUCACAAUUUCCUAGUGCACGUAAGAAAACCCAAAAUGGGGUUGUAAGUGGUGAAACUAAGAAUGCACCUGCAAAAGGAUUCCUUGAAUCAGACACAGACCAACUCCAGCCUGAACCUGGAAGACCAUUGUCCAGGGUAAAAGGUUUCAUGGGUGCAGUAGCAAAGUCAGCGUUAACUAUCGUUGGGGUAUUCUCUGUUCUCAGUUUGGCAGGCUAUGAGCCUCGGUUGAGGAAAGGUGAUAAGCAGUUCAAGUUGCUUCACCUCUUUCAGCAACAUCAAUCUGGUGAUGGUGGAAUAACUGUUGAAUGUCCGCCUGGUAAAGUACCGGUCCUUGAAAAUGGUGAAACACGCUGCCUUGUAAAAGAACGAGUUGAAAUUCCAUUUGAAUCUGGGGUAGCCACCCCAGAUGUCAAUUACGGGUGUGGAAGAAACAAAAUGAGUCUUCAAGAAGGAGGGGAAAGUUGUGGGUCUUUGGCAGGAAGAGUGUUUACUGAAGAGCAGGAAGCCCUGGUGGUGAAGUCAUGGAACUCCAUGAAGAAGAACUCGGGAGAAUGGGGUCUCAAAUUCUUUCUCAGGAUAUUUGAGAUUGCACCGUCCGCUAAGAAAUUGUUCUCAUUUCUUAAAGAACCGAACGCUCCAUUGGAACAGAACCCCAAGCUCAAGACCCAUGCCAAGACUGUCUUCGUCAUGACGUGUGAAGCUGCGGUUCAACUCCGGAAAGCUGGGAAAGUUGUGGUGCGGGAAUCAAGUCUCAAGAAACUGGGUGCCACGCAUUUCAAAUACGGAGUCGUGGAUGAACAUUUUGAGGUGACCAAAUUUGCACUGUUGGAGACGAUCAAAGAAGCAGUUCCAGAAAUGUGGUCCACAGAGAUGAAAAAUGCAUGGGGUGAGGCCUAUGAACAAUUGGUCGCUGCCAUCAAGACCGAAAUGAAGCCCUGAACAUCAAAAUCAUUGGGGGUGCGCUCCCAGUAUUUCUAUCCGAAAUUCUCUGUUUCUCUUGUCAGAUUGAAUUGUCAUGUUUCAAUAAACCAUAAAUAGAUUGUACAAUUUGAAGCUGUUUCAUAUGGUACUUGGACACACUUCAAGAUUGUAAGGCUUGUUUUAUUAAAAUGUUCGGUCCAGUCAAUUAAAAUAUGCUGCCCGGCACAAGGAUAUGAUAAAUAAUCCAUCUUACUAAUUGUGAGG